GUGAAAAUCCAAGAGCAAUCUCAGUGACAUUUGGAUCGCCAUGUUGGUCUAGAUUUUGUCCAACAAUUUGCUCUGCUUCUACUACUUUUAAAAUUAAUUUUUGGAGGGAUUCUGUACCAGAAAUUAUCCCUCCAAAAAAAGAAAUUUUGAUCUUUUUUCUAUAUUCAACUUAUUCUGUGUGGAUUUUUAUUUGAUUAUGUUCUCUAUAUAGUUUUUUGUAUAAAGAAAUAUUGAGGAUAUUUUGUGUGAAGUCUAGGAAUAUUUAACAGAGCAUUCUAAGACGAGAUUUAAGCCUCAAGGUUGAACUAGAAACUAGAAACUAGAGCCCUGAAAAUGUUAACGAUAAGAAUUGAUAUGGAAAUGUGCCGAGUGUGCCUGAGAACAGGAGUUGGAACAUCCCUGUUCCAGGAAGAUCUCUCAGAGAAAUUCAACGAAGUCACCGGACUCUCGGUAAGUCCAGAAGAUGGUCUUCCGAGUUCCUUGUGCGCCAAAUGCCUGUCCAGACUCAAUUUGUCCCAUGACUUCCGGACACAGAGCAUUGAGUCAGAGAAUCACCUAAAUGACUUUAUUUCCCAAGUCAACAAAGAAUUCCAGCACAAGAUACCCAUUGUUCCAGAAGACCGACCCCAAAGGAGCUCAAGUGACAUGGAGCUGGAAUUGUUGCUGGAAAAUGGAUAUCUCGAGGAAGAGGGAGACACUGCUCCGGCGGCCAGAAGAGCUUCUGACAGAGAAGAAGAUGAAGAGAUAGCAGAAUAUGUCAAGAUUGAUGAUUUUUCCAUGAAAGACAUCAUUGAGGACUGCCAGGACGAAGAGGAACCAGAAUUAUCAGUUAAAGACGAAAUAAUGGAAAUUGAGGAACUGGAUGAGGAGAUAAUUGAGAAGAUUAUCGAAGAGGAACCCAGUUAUGACGAAGUUGAUGUUCCAGGUGAACAAGAAAUUCAAACUUCAUCCCAGGACAGUGAUCAAGGUUCCAGCAGAAUCAAAAGGCGCGAAUCUUCCGUCAUCGACAGUCACUACUGCAUAAAAUGUGACAAGGAUUUCAGCACCAGAACCAAUCUGCAUCGUCAUAUGCAAACUCACGAUGGCCAGAAACCCUUCACAUGUUCAAUUUGUGGCAAUGGAUUCACGCAAAAGGGCUCCCUGAAGCAGCAUAUGCAUCUGCAUACAGGAGAACGUCCAUAUCACUGUUCCGUCUGCGAUCGCAGAUUCACCCAAGCCAAGACUCUCGUCAAUCACAUGCGUCGGCACACAGGGGAAAAGCCCUUCCGGUGCAAUGACUGCGGAACACUCUUCCGGCAGAAAGACGGCCUCAAGAGGCAUAUGCUGCGGCACCAAGAUCUUCCUCAGCGCGCCGUCAAUUGCAGCAUCUGCAAUCGUCAAUUUGUCUCAAAGUACAGCCUCGAAGUGCACCUUCGGAAGCAUUCAAGUGACCAAAAGGCCAUCUCAAAUGCUCCCAGGUACAAGUGCACUGAAUGCAGCAGACACUUCGUCUCACCCAAAACUCUGGAAGCCCAUCAGCGAGCUCAUGCUGGAGAAGCCCCCUUCAAGUGCACCUUCGAGAACUGCGAGGCUGCUUUUGUGCGACAAUCGAGCCUCAAGAGUCACAUCAAGAGACACGAAGUCAUCAUCAAUCCCACAGAUAGUACAAUUGAAGUACUGGAGAUUGCCCAUGAGACCACAAACGGAGAGAGUGCAAAGGAAGGUACUUCGAGUGAUACUCCUAGCAAAUUCCAAUGCAACAGAUGCCCCAAGGUCUUCACGCUCAAACGAAAUCUCCUGAUUCACCUGAAAAAUCACAAUUUGGUUGACUUACACAUGUUCAAGUGCGAAGAAUGCAAGAUUGGCUUCACAUCAAAACGCAGCCUCAAGCUCCACCGAAAGAACCACCAUCGAGAAGUAGUUCCCGACCUCAAUCAAUGCGAAGAGUGUGGAGUGGACUUUGUGAGUUACGUUGAUCUCGUGACUCACAUCAACCAAAUUCACGACGAAAUCGAUGCCAAUUGCUUCUUCUGCGGAGAACACUUCCGAUCCAAGAAUGCCAUGAGCGAGCACAUCUUGGAGCACGAAUACAACGAAGAUGUCAUUGAAGGGGAUGAAUAAAUAAAUUAUCUUCUUUCA